GCGUUUUUCAAGAGGCACCGACACGCGCCCGGCCACGCGCGGCCCGCACAACGGCCGGCCCCCCCCCCGCCUCGGACGCCAUGCCCGCCGCGCCCCGCCCGCGGGCGGCCCUCCCGCUCGCCCUGCUGCUCGCGCUGGCCGCGCUGCCCGGCGCCUGCCGCGCGGAAGGCGCUGGCGGGCCCACUGGCCAGCCCGGGGAGGCCGGCGGGCCCGCAGGCCUCGGGCUCUCCAGCCUCGCCGCCCGCGCCCAGCGGCUGCAGGCGGGCCUCGCCUCUGGGCUGCAGGGCCUGCAGGACCGGGUCGCGGGGCUGCAGGCGCCAAAAUCCUCGGGCGCGCAGUGGCUGACGGAGCCCGCCUGGGGGCUGAGCGAGAAGCUUGCGAGACUGAGGAGCCAGCUCGUGGAGGAGUGCGAGUACUGGGACAGGAAGACGCGGGAGUCCUGGCAGGACAGCCUCGCCCUCCUGCGGAACGCGACGCGGGCCGCGGAGGAGGUCGACGAGCCCCAGCCGACCUGCGCCAGCUGGGACUGCUGGGAGCUGGUGCGCGCCAACCUCAGCUCCGCGGGGCAGAGGCUGCAGGAGGAGCUUGCCGCGAGGGCCGCGGAUCUGCAGGCGAGGCUCGCCCAGGCACAGGCGGGGGGUGCUCGGGCCCUGCAGACGCUGCGGGGGGGGCUGCCGAGCAGCUGCGGGCUCCACGGCAGGCUCGCCUGGCUCCAGGGCCAGUUCGAGGAGGAGGUCCAGUACUGGGGCCAGAAGUUCCGUGAGUGCUGGUGGGUGGCAGCCAGCUCCUGGCACGGCAGACACCACCGCGCCAGGGGCGACGUCGAGGCGUCGUCGGAGAAGCUCGGGUACUGGGGCCAGAGAUUCCCCGAGUCCUGGCGGUUGGCGGCCGACGCCUGGCUCGGCAGGCACCGCCGCGCCGAGGGCGACACCGAGUCGUCGUCCGAUGGCUACUGGGGCCAGAAGAUCCGCGAGUCCUGGCGGGUGGCCGCCGACUCCUGGCAUGGCAGAUACCGCCGCGCCGAGGAGGAGUUCGGGCACUGGGGCCAGAAGUACCGCGAGUCCUGGAGGGCUGCCGCCGACUCCUGGCUUGGCAGGCACCGCCGCGCCGAGGAGGAGUUCGGGCACUGGGGCCAGAAGUUCCGCGAGUCCUGGUGGCUGGCCGCCGCCUCCAGCCACGGGAGGCACCGCCGCGCCGGGGGCGACACCGAGACGUCCGAGGAAUCUCCAGACUGGCGGCGCGAGCUGGUCCUCGCGAGGAAGGAACUGACGUCGUGGCGUGGCGUGGCGGAGCAGUGCCGGCGCCGCGCGGGUGAGCUGGAGGGGGAGCUGGGCGCCGCGAGAGAGGCAGCGGCGGCCUGCGAGGACGCGGCGAGGGAGUCCCGGACGGCGCGCCUGGAGGGCGGCGCGGCGCGGGCGCGACAGCCGGAGCUGUCGCGCGGCGAGGCGCAUGCGCGCGAAGAGGCGAUCGAGGAGCUGUCGACCCACAGGACCGCGCACGAGCAGGAGGUCCGGAUGCUCCGCGAGACCCUGCGCUGGGCGCUGCGCGCGCGCGAGGACGAGGCGGGUCAGAAGCAGCAGUGCGAGGAGCGCCUCGUCAAGGAGAGAAAGGCCACAGACGGCGAGGCCGCCCAGAUCCCGGGUGCCGCCUGCGCGUGGGGCUGCCUCUGCGCCUGCGCGCUGCUGCUGCGCCUCCCGGCGCCGCGGAGCCUCCGCGCGAAGCCGUGGUGCGGGCGGAGGUCCCCAGCGCAGGUGGCACAGGACGAGUUCGACAGCAAGUUCCCCUCCGACGUCCGCGACGAGGCGCAGGCCGACGGGGUGCGGCGGCGCGUGCUGGAGAUCCAGUGCCGCGACGUGCAGCACGAGGACAUCAGCGUGGAGGCGGUCUGCAACGGCUGCGUUGUCGCGAUCGCCCACCGGGACGCGGCCAGCGGGCAGCCCGCCGAGCCGAGCUCGCGACUCUUCCAGUGGCAGCUCUCCGAGGGGCUCUUCUCCCUCGCGGACGAGCUGGCCCGCUUCGAGGAUGGCGUUCUGCACCUCGUGCUGCGCGAGUCUCUCCCUCAGGGCCGCGCCGUGCGGCUCCCGCAGCACUUCAGCCUGGAGGACGAGGACACGUGCAGCGACUCGUCCUGGCUCGGCCAGGAGGAGUCCGAGGCCAGCGGCGACCACUCGCCAGAGGACACGGCAUCCCUGGACAGCUUCGAGGCCAGCUUCGAGAAGGUCGACGAGGCCUCCGACGGGAUGCCGCCUCCCUCCGACGGCGAGGAGGGGUCCCAGCAGGACAGCUCAGACAAAGGUCCCCCCUGAGGGCUCGGCUCGCGUGCCGCCGCGAUCUGGGCCAGCUGGCGCCCGUGCGCCACGAGCGCACGAUGUCCUCCCUUCGUCCCAGAACCCCCAUUUUUUCCGCCGCCUCACACC